AUGCGCAAUCGGAUGGAAGCAUCUAAGAAGGGGGUCAUCCCCAUCUCAGCUCUGCGCACAAUGGGCACUGCGAGCCUGGAGGCCGUUCCGUUUCACCUCUACUACGAGACUUUCUCCCCGACGGGUCGGUACCGCUACCGGCGUCAGGAGAUCGGGGCAACGUGCGACCUCAGAGUGCGAUACUCGAGCGACCCAGCAGGAUCUCAGCUACAGAAGAUUGAACUCCCUCGGGACUCUGCACUCGCUUCCAAUAAGCCACUUGCAUGCAAGGCGCUCCAGUACUGCGAUCAGCGCCUAUCCGGCGCAGCGCGAGAGAUUGUAGCUGCUGCGAGCUCGAGUCCCGACCUCUGGGACGAGGGGGUUUUGUCUAAGCUGAUGGAUGCGUUAACGCCGGAGAUCCUAGCGGAAGUGGUUCAGACACUGAAGAAGGAGCUCGAGGAGUUAAAGCGCGGUGAGGUCAAGGAUGGUGGGGCUCAGAAGUAA